AGGAAGCGUUGAUAUGGGAAUGACGAGGGGGGUUCAAAAAUAACGUGUGGAGAUUAUAGCCAAGAUGUCAUGUGGUGGUGUGGUAUAUUAUACUGCAUCAGAUGUAUUAGGCUAGUUUUCUGGAUUUGUUUUGAUGGCUGAUGUCUCGAUUAAAGCGUAUUUGGUCAUAUCUGAGAACGUGUGAUGGCCCUUCAAACCUGCUACCGCCGAUACUCUCUCCUGCUUUUGAGGCUGGGAAACUGGGGUAAAGGACAGACAUUCUCAUCAUGUAGACCUGGAAAGCUGUUAACAUUUGAAGAGGUUGGGGAACUGCAUCGUAAGCAGGCAAAGCAAAGCCUACUGGUGCAGGUUCAAUCUGUGAAUUCAGCUGUUCCACUGGAAUCUUACUUGGAACAAUAUGGAACAAUCAUCAAGAUGUUUCACUUCAAGACAAACAAAAAGAACUUUCUGUUUGUGGAGCUGUCGUCGCGUGCGGAGGCGGAGGCGGUGUUGGCGCGCGCCCACCACCUGGACCCGGACUCCGUGGUGCCGGUCACCUCGCCGUUGCUCUGGCUGCGCGCCGACGGCUCACCGUCGGGCCGCGGCGGACCGGACGGCCCGCCGCCGCCGCCCCGUGUCAUCCAGGAGGUGGCGCGCACCAACGCCGAGCUCGCCAGGCAGAUCACUGAGUGUCCCACGCUGGACGCGCAGCUGCUGCGCCACUACGAGCUGACGCGACUCACCGAGCUGGGUGCGCGGCUGCGCUACUUUACCUGCGAGCUGCUGGAGCGUGGCCUGGCCGGCCUGUUCCCGCACGCGCGCGUUCGUCCGUUCGGCUCGUCCGCCAACGGGUUCGGCCGGUACGGCUGUGACGUGGACAUGGUGCUGGAGCUGGAGCAGCCGCGGCCAGCGGAGGCGGCGGACCGGCUGGCGUUCCAAGCGAUGGCGACCAAGUCCGACAGCCACGUGCAGAGGCACCGCUACCUGUCCGUCAUCAGCGAUCUGAUGGCCAACCUAAUGCCUGGCUGUGAGCAGGUGCGGAGAAUCCUGAGGGCAAAAGUCCCGAUCAUCAAGUUUACUCAGUCGUUAACUGGCGUCGACUGUGACCUGUGUAUGAAGAGGAGCGGUCUGCACAUGGCGGAGCUGCUGUACAUAUGGGAUCAGCUGGACGGGCGCGUGGCGCCGCUGGUGCGCGCCGUCCGACACUGGGCUGAGAAGGUGCGUCUUACCAACGCCAUAUCGGGAUCGUCUGGGGCGGGUCGCUGGAUCUCCAACUUCGGCGUCACCCUGCUGGUUAUCUACUUCCUGCAGACUCGGCCCGUGCCCAUCCUGCCUUCUGUCAACGAGCUGAUGCGGCGUGCCAGGCCGUGUGACGCGGUGGAGGUGGACGGCACGGUGUACUCGUUCCUGCGCGAUCCGAAUCUUCUGCCGCCGACAACCAACACGGAGACGCUGUCGCAGCUGCUGGCCGGCUUCUUCGCCUUCUACGCCGAGCAGGACGUGGAGACGCGCGCGUUGUCGGUUGUGAGCGCCGGCGACUUCCCGCGGCCGGCAGACAGUCAGCUGUACGUGCAGAACCCGCUCGACCACGAGCUGAACGUCACCAAAAACGUGUCGGCCAAGGAGAGCCGGCGGCUGGGUGUCGAGGCGCUGCAGGCGGUGCGCCUGCUCGAGGAGGGUCGCUGGUGGCCGCUGUUACUGGGCGGCGCCGACGCCGGCCAGCUCGGCCAGGCGCUCUGCGCGCCGUUCUCGCUCCGCGCUCUGUUCGACGACGCAGAGACGGAGCAGCAGCAAGGCGCCGCCCAGGAGUCGCGGCGAGGCGGUGCCAAGACAGAGCCGCGGCGGGCAGCUGUUGAAACGGAGCAGCAACCAGCAACUGCCGACACGAAGGCACACCGGAACGCAGCGAAGGCGGCCGAGCCAGCUGCGCGGCCGGCUGCAGAGAAGGCGCUACGGCGGGCUCCGUCGCAGGCGGCCGGGUCGGUGGCGCGGCAGACCUCGGUCGCUGCGACCUCAGCGCCGCCGAAGGAGCGAAGAGGAGCGCCUCUCCCGACGAAGGAGCGACCGAGCGACAGUCUGGACCUGGCCGGUCUGUUCCUCAGCGCGCACCGUGGUGGUGACGCGGUGGCCGACCAGCACCACGGACUCAAUGGAUCGGGCUCCAUCCAGCUCCGUGUUGACAGAGCACCGGGCAGCGAGACUGCACAUGACCAGACGACAGCGCCCAAGUCGAAAAGCAAAGGCAAGAAAAAGCGCCGGACGGCUGGAUCAUAGCGAGUGUAGCAGGACUGGCGUGAAUGGCAUGCCGCAACUUGCCACUUGCGGCAGACAGUAAUGUGAUGAGCUGAGGAUUAAUACAGCUCCUUUAUGAGAUGCUGCCGCAUGACCGUUUGCGGCCGACGCGCCCUAAAAUUCCGUUAACAGAUGCUGGCUACGGAAAUGGCAUCAACCAAAGCGGUACGUGUCAUGGCUGUAUGCAUAACCUGGCGCUCGCUGCGUAUUUCGGAUGAAACACUAGCAGCAUCGAUGUCAUGAACGAAUUCAGACAGUGGUGAGCUAUCCGCAAUAAAUGUAUGA